AUGGCGAAUCAAUCCACCCUCCGCCAGCGUCCCGCCGACCGCUUCUCGCAGUGGUUCGAACACUUCUACGCACGUCUCACAGCCCGAGUGAACCGACUCCAAAACCGCAGUCCUCUCGAUCCGCGCACCACGAAGCUCGUCGCAACGCUCGCCCUCUCCCUCGCCAUCAUCACCAGCAGCUACGGCGGCUGGAAACUCUACAACAGCCGCAGGCAAGAGCGCGAAGUAGGCCGGCAAUUACUGCGUCGCAACAGCGGCAUCAAGGCAAAAGAUGGCACACGCACAAUCUACGUGCCGUACAGGGACCAGCAGACCAGCAAAGUCAUUAUACAUCCAAUUAAGCCUACGACGUUCGACGCCCAUAGACGCUUCUUCCUGAACCCCACUCGACAGAGCAGUUCCGGGAGGGAGUACUCCCUAGGGAUUCCUCCGCCGAAUGUGAAACCUGGAUUGAACGUGGCUUUUGUGCAUCAGUUCAUGGCCAUUAUGCAGAUUGUCGUGCCGAGAUUGGGGUCGAAGGAGGCUGGAUUGCUUACUUUCCAUGCUUUCUUUCUGUUGCUGAGGACGUACUUGUCGCUAGUUGUGGCGAGGCUGGAUGGAGAGAUUGUGCGAGAUCUAAUAGCUGGGAAAGGGAAAGACUUCCUCUUUGGAUUGACCAAGUGGUUGUCUGUGGGCGUAGUGGGGAGCUAUACCAACAGCAUGAUUAAGUUCUUGCAGGCGAAGAUUUCGAUUGCAUUCCGGACGAGGUUGACGAGGUAUAUUCAUGAUCUGUACCUGGGGAAGGAUAUGGCAUACUACAAGAUGCAUGCUCUGGAUGGAGGUGUAGAGCACGGUGCCGAUCAGUUCAUCUGUCGGGACUUGACGCUCUUCUGCGACAACGCGGCCAAUCUAUACUCUAGCUUGGGAAAGCCGCUGGUGGAUCUGUUCACCUUCAACUACCAGCUGUACAAAUCGCUGGGGCCUUUGGCUUUGAGCGGGCUGCUGAGUACGUACAUCGGCACGGCUGUGCUGUUGAAGAAGCUGAGCCCGCCUUUUGCGAAGUUGAAGGCUGCUGAGGGCCGGAAAGAAGGAGACUUCCGAGCUUUACAUGCAAGGUUGAUAGCCAACGCGGAAGAGGUUGCCUUCUACGCUGGUGGACCGACCGAGCAUGCUCUACUUGACCACGGAUUCAAAGAGCUGAGGAAGUGGAUGGAAGGCAUCUACCGGGUGAAGGUGGGCUACAACAUGCUCGAGGACUUCGUGUUGAAAUACACCUGGUCUGCUCUUGGAUAUGUCAUCACAAGCUUGCCGGUGUUUCUGCCCUCGAUGGGAUUGGCGCCGCAACCUGGCCAGAAGCUUGAGGUUAGAUCGCCUGAGUCGCUAGAGGCUGCGGAAAGAGGUGAUCAGACUGGAUCUCGAACAAGACAGUUCAUCACCAACAAGCGGCUGAUGCUUAACCUUGCGGAUGCUGGAAGUCGAAUGAUGUACUCGAUCAAAGACCUUUCCGAAUUGGCUGGCCAGACAAGCAGAGUCUUUACGCUCAUCAGUACGCUGCAUCGCGUUCAUGCCAACGCGUAUACUCUGCCGAGGCAUGUGUAUCCCGAGCCUUACAAUUUGACGGACAUCCAGGGAACACUACAGAAGGGCUUCGAUGGUGUGCGAUUGGAGAAUGUGCCGGUAGUAGGCCCUUCGCCAUUCCCAAUGGGCGGUGAGGAGCUCAUCGACAACUUGUCUUUUAUCGUCGGGCCUGGAGAUCACAUGCUCAUCACCGGGCCCAAUGGAGCUGGCAAGUCUGCUGUUUCUAGAAUUGUCGCUGGGCUCUGGCCAACAUACCGUGGUUUGACCUCAAGACCUCGCAGCAAUGGCCAGGACGGCAUCAUGUUCUUACCCCAGAAGGUAUAUCUGAGUCCGGGCACCUUGCGAGACCAGGUCAUCUAUCCACAUACCGAGAUAGACAUGCGUGAAGCUGGGAGAAGGGAAAGCGAGCUGCAGGCUAUUCUCGAAGAAGCCAGAUUGGGCUACAUCCCCGAGCGUGAAGGCGGUUGGGAUACGCGGAAGAUGUGGCAAGAUGUCUUGAGUGGCGGAGAGAAACAGCGCAUGGGUAUCGCGAGAUUGCUGUACCAUGAGCCGCGAUAUGCGUUCAUCGACGAGGGUACCUCCGCCGUGAGCUCGGAUGUGGAAGGCAUUUUGUACGAGACGGCGAAGCGGAAGGGAAUCAGUAAGUCCCAUCUCACCCCCAACUCACUUAACAUGGACAACUAACAUUUGCAUCCCCAGCUCUCAUCACCAUCUCCACGCGCGCCUCGCUCAAACGCUACCAUUCCUACACCCUCACCCUCGGUCUCGGCGAAGAAGCGAACGAAUACGAAUUCCUGCGCAUCGGCACCGCGAGCGAGAAGGAUAGCGUGGAAAAGGAAAUCCUCGAACUGCGGGAGAAGCUCUCGCAGGUCGAAGAGUGGAAGCAACGGCGGCAGGAAAUCGAACGGGAAUUGAGUAAAGUGUGGGUUUCCGGGCAGCAGGCAUUGGAAGCGCCUGUUUAUCAUCAGGAGGGCGAGUCUUGA